GUAGAAUGUAGAUUGUUUGUGACUUAGUUCGUCGUGGAAAUUGGUUCAGAGUGGACGUGUACAAUGUCUGUUGCUUAUAAACUUGGUGAUUUAGUUUGGGCCAAAAUGAAGGGGUUCAGCCCUUGGCCCGGCCGUGUGGCCAUUCCUACUCCAGAACUAAAGCCUCCAAAGAAAGCUAUGAAUGUACAAUGCAUAUACUUCUUUGGUACAAAUAACUACGCGUGGAUCGAGGAGCACAACAUAAAGCCCUACCAGGAGCACAAAGAACAGUUGAUAAAGUCGUGUAAAACGACCGCCUUCAAGGAGGCCGUGGCGCAGAUUGAAGAGUACAUCGAGAACCCUGAGAAAUGGGGGGAUUUCGAAGAGCACGUCCGUAACCCCGAAGAGGAGUUUGACAAACUAAAAGAUGUCAUGAAAGAAGAGAGCUCCGAUGAGAAACAACAGGAAGAGGAACCCUCGCCCGAGGUGAAGAAGAAGAGCUCCACACCAAAGAUACGUUAUGGAUUUUCAAAGGUGAAGCCAGUGAAGCGGUCGUCGUCGGCCGGCCUGAAGCCCACCCCCCGCAAGAAGGCGAAGAGCGUCUCCCGCUCCUUCACGGACACGGACAUCGCCAACGAGAAGCCCUCCAUGCUGAACCACUCCUUCUCCAAGAAGUCCAGCCUGCUGCACCGCCCCUCCAAUAUAUUGAGACCCGACACGCCGCCGUUAGACCUGGAGAACGUGUCGGAAACCCUGCUGGAGAAGAACAUCAAGGCCAGUCAGAUGAAGUUCGGUUUCCUCGGCCUGGGGAUCAUGGGCAGCGGCAUCGUUAAGAACCUGCUGAACUCCGGACACAAGGUGCUGGUGUGGAACAGGACGGCGGCCAAGUGUAAAGACUUCGAGAAAGUCGGUGCUACGAUCGCUGUGACUCCCUGCGAUGUGGUGGAAGAGGCUGACAUAACCUUCUCGUGCGUAGCGGACCCUCAGGCGGCCAAAGAGAUGGUGUUCGGCAACUGCGGAGUGCUGCACUGUCCCACCCUGGAGGGCAAGGGCUACGUGGAGAUGACCUCCAUAGACGCCGACACCUCACACGACAUAGUAGAGGCGCUCGGGGGAAAGGGAGGGAGAUAUCUGGAAGCACAGAUCCAAGGCUCCAAGACCCAGGCGGAGGAGGGUACGCUCAUCAUCCUGGCGGCCGGGGACCGCUCGCUGUUCGACGACUGUCAGUCGUGCUUCAAGGCCAUGAGCAAGAACUCCUUUUACCUCGGUAGUGAGAUAGGCAACGCGUCCAAGAUGAACUCGGUGCUGCAGGUGGUGGGCGGAGUGUCGCUGGGCGCGCUGGCCGAGGGCCUGGCGCUGGCGGACCGCGCAGGCCUCAGCCAGGCCGACCUCCUGGAUGUGCUGGCGCUCACGCCGCUCGCCAGCCCGCACCUCAUACUCAAGGGACGAGCCAUGAUCGAGUCGUCGUACUCGACCCACCAGCCGCUGAGCCACAUGCAGAAGGACCUGAAGCUGGCGCUGGGGCUGGGAGACGCCCUGGAGCAGUCCCUGCCGCUCACCGCCACCACCAACGAGAUCUUCAAGCACGCCAAGCGGCUCGGCUACGCCAACCAUGACGUGGCCGCCGUCUACAUCCGCGCCAGGUUCUAGCGCCCGCUGAAACCGAAAUGUAUAAUGAAAUGUAAUAAAAUCGAUCUAAGGAA